UCCUCCUCACUUCCUGUAAACACAGCAGCAGCUGCCUGUCACUAGGGUUCCUGUGUUUUCCAGCGUUGUCUUCCUCAUUUUCAUCGUGUUUUCGACCAUGGCUCAGGCCGGAGUGGUUCUGGAUAAGGACCAGUUCAACUGCUCGAUAUGUUUGGAUGUGCUGAGGGACCCUGUGACCAUCCCGUGCGGACACAGCUACUGCUCGGAGUGUAUAGAGAACUACUGGGACCAGGACGACUAUCUGGGGAUCUUCGUUUGUCCGCAGUGCAGGCAAAACUUCAACCCGAGGCCGCCGCUCGCCAGAAACACCAUGCUGGCCGACGUGGUUGACAAAUUCAAAAAGACUGGACUGCAAGAUGUUGCGACGCCUGUGAACCAAAGCUUUGCUGAGGCGGACGACGUGGAGUGCGACGUGUGCACAGGGAGGAAAAACAAAGCGGUGAAGUCUUGUCUGGUGUGUCUGGCCUCCUACUGCGACGUCCACGUUCAGCCACACUACGAUUCUGCUGCCUUUAAGAAACACAAGCUGGUGUCUGCUUCUAAAAAGCUCCAGGAGACGAUCUGUGCCCGACACGGCAAGUUACUGGAGGUUUACUGCCGCACAGAUAAACAGUGCAUCUGUUACCUGUGUCUGACAGACGAGCACAGAGGACACGACACGGUGCUGGCUGAGGCCGAGGUACAACACAGACAGAAAGAGCUGGGUGACAUGAAGCACAGCUCUCAGAUGAAAAUCCAUCAAAGGGAAAAGGAGGCCCAGGAGCUGAGACAAGCCAUUUUCAUACUCAGUCGCUCUGCUCGUGCAGCAACUGAGGAGAGCGAUGCCCUCUUCACUGAACUGAUCCGCUCGAUGGAGCUGAAACGUUUCGAAGUAAGAGAGCUGAUCAAAGCCCAGGAAAAGAUGGCUGUCAGUCAGGCUGAGCAGCUGCUGGAGAAGAUCCAGAAGGAGAUCGCUGAGCUGAAGAAGAAUGAGGCUGAACUGGAGAAACUUUCACACACUGACGACCACAUCCAUUUCCUCCAGAGCUGUCAGUCUGUCCAUGCUCCACCUGUGCUGUCAGCUCUACCCCCAGUCACGGUUGACCCCGGCCUCACUUUUGGACCAGUGAUGACAGCUGUGUCAGACUUUAAAGGGCUGCUACAAGAGGUCUGCCAGGGAGGAUUCAUCAGCAUCUACGAGAGAGUGAGAGAUGUUGUAAUAGUAGGUCCCACAAAUUCUGCUGUACAGCUUGAAACGACACUGCCAAGUGAAGCUGCAUUGGCUGUAGAAAUGGAAGCAACACAAGUGAUCCCAACACCUGGUCUGGACCAAAGUCCUGUGAACCCUCUAAACCCUUUCCUCAAUCCAGGACUGUCUGUGCCCACAUUCACCCUCUCACCAUUCGGCUCGAAGUACUCCUCGGUAUCCAGACAGAGGCACCUGCAGCGACGCUCUCACCCCAGGAGGAAGUAAGACAUGUAGCGGACAACAAAAACAACAUUUCACCUGCAACAACACAAGAUGAAUGUCAUUAUACCUCAGUGCUCUCUUCUGCUUCUCCUCUCGCAAAUCCUCACCAACACUGACCAAUUGUACAUUUUAUAAUUCACAGUUUGCCAUAAACUGAGCUGUUUUAGUUACAGCUUCCAGUUCUAGUUGCACCCUGUAUGGCAGCGUAGGUAAAAAAAAACAAGAUGAGGAAAGCAUUUGUAAGUGCUGCUUAAGUUGACAUUAACUAAUAAUGCUUAAAGUAUUAAACAGCUCAAAGAAUGGCUUAAUUACUUACAUUUUAUCUCAGUAUUUUUUUUUACAAACAUUGCCUUAAAAUGUAGUAUUGUUUUAGUUCUUUUUAAAAAAGGUUAUGCUUUUACAAAACUUUGUCAUUUAUUUUAAACCAAACAUACAGAACACUGGUUUUGCUUUACAGAUGUGUGUAAUAAUAUACUGUGAUUUGUGACAUGCUGACAUUAAAAGAAAACAAUGAGCUUGAAGGAAAGAAAACGUU